GCUGAGUUUUCUGAGCAUACCUUUAUAGGCAGUUGCUGAAACUGCAGAACGAAGAACAUUUAGAAAGUGGCAGCAUACACGUAGCACUUUUACUUUAUAUCUAGAGAUUAAAAAAAUUCAACAACAACGAGUGGUGGAACAAACAUAGAUUUUGGUCAAAUAAUGGUACUGCCGCUGAGUGAUAUGCUACCUUUUGCCAGCGGUGAAAGAAGACUGGCAGCUUGUGUUUUGUUAUUGUUAUUAGAACUAUUUCUAGAAGGUGCGAACGCCGUACCCAAUCAGGCUGACAUUGAAAAUCAUCUGGAGCUUGGUAAAGAAUUUUUAGCAAGAGGGCAGCUGGCAGAUGCACUAACACAUUAUCAUGCGGCUGUAGAGGGUGACCCCAAUAACUAUUUGACGCUUUUCAAACGGGGCACUGUUUAUUUAGCGCUGGGAAAGGCGCGUUUCGCCAUACAAGACUUCACCCGUGUGCUGGAACUGAAACCAGACUUCACAGCGGCACGAAUUCAGCGUGGAAUUGUGCAUUUAAAGAGUGGAGAAUUCGAACAAGCGAGUGACGACUUCGAACAUGUGCUGCAAGAAGAUCCGUACAAUGAGAGUGUCAAUGAGCACUUUAGACGAAUUGACGCUGCUAUUGAACAGUGGGAAAUUGUGAAAGAUCUAAGGUAUCGAGGUGAUUCGCGUAAUAUCAUUCCAAUGAUUACACAAUUACUUGAAAUCUCUCCAUGGUCUAUUGAAUUCCGUCAAGCACGCGCUGACGCUUACAUUGCCAUAGAUGAUCUACCACCUGCCAUAUCCGAUCUCCGUUCCGUGAACAAACUUUCACAGGACAGCACAGAAGGCUAUUAUAACAUUGCAUUGUUAUUGUACAAAAUGGGUCAGGCUACAAAUGCGCUGAAAGAGAUACGUGAAUGUUUACAUCUUGAUCCAGAAAAUAAAGACUGUUUCCCAUUCUAUAAGAAGCUUAGAAAAGUAGAAAAACAUUUGGCAAACGCCGAGAAUUCGCGCGAGGAAAAGCAGUACGCAGAUUGCAUCACUUCUGCUGAGGCUGUACUAAAGCAAGAGAAAGACGAAAAAAUGAUCAUAUACGAGGCUAAGCGACUACUCUGCACAUGUUACACGCGAGACGAACAGUUUGCCAAAGCUUUAAGUCAUUGCAAAGAAGCGCUCGAUUUGUUGAAAGACCCGCAAUUAUAUUGCGAACGUGCUGACGCCUAUAUUGGCUCAGAAAUGUACGACGAUGCGAUACAUGAUUACCAAAGAGCUUUGGAAAUUGAUGAAAGUCUACAACGUGCUAAGGAGGGUAUCGAAAAAGCGAAAAGACUGCAAAAACAAGCGGAACGAAGGGAUUACUACAAAAUUCUCGGCGUGAAACGCACCGCAAACAAACAAGAAAUUAUCAAAGCGUACCGCAAAGCUGCACAAAAAUGGCAUCCCGAUAACUUCAAAGAUGAGGAGAAGAAGAUCGCCGAAAAGAAGUUUAUUGACAUUGCGGCGGCCAAAGAAGUGCUGACUGAUCCCGAGAAACGAAAACAGUUCGAUAUGGGUCAAGAUCCGCUCGAUCCAGAGGCAAACCAACAAGGGGGCUUCCGCGGCGGUAGUCCAUUUGCGAACUUCCAUCACGGGUCACCGUUCCAAUUCAAAUUCCACUUCAACUAGACGUACCAUAAUCCUCAGGCAAAAGUUACAACUAAAAACACAUUAGCACAUACCUAGCCUUAGUCGGUUUGUUGUAAGGUCUCUUCUAUUUUAUUUAAUUAGUAAUAAUAAUAAGUGUGUGUGAAGAACAUGCGUUGCUACUGUUGCCAUGCGAUCAUAGAAGUAGUGCGUGGGCACUCUCGAUUGUAGGUAUACAUAUAUUCUUUGUUUUUUCUGUUGUUUUUGUUUAUUAAUCUAAUGCAUAGCAGUUUGCAAAAUUAUAAAUCAAUAUAGUUUUGUACACAAUAUUUGUAAAGUUAGCUGUAAACUCUAAAAGCUGUAUCACACUAAACUAACUAAACGCUCAAAGAUAUUUUUACGCGUACACGAAACCUGUUUGUUUAUUUUAAAAGUGUCACGCCGCUUAAACUGCAACCAAUUAUAUCAGAAUUUCUAUUUCAACGAUGUGAUUUCGCAUAAUUUCAAUUGGGUUUAUUUGUAAAUAGUAGGCUAAAUUAAUGAACUUUCGCUCCUAAUUUUUAUGUUAAAAAUAAAAUAUGUAUUUAUAUAAUUAACAGUUAAAUCGGAUAUUUAUAUGAAAGCAUUUUAAUGUUAUGAAAAUAAAAUGAAGAAUGUUUAUUGCAUAAUAAAACAAAUUUAUAACUUUGAACAAUUAAAAAUUCGUA